AGUGUGAUAGAGCAUGAAAUGAAUUACACUAUAUAUUUACAAUAAAAGUAGCUACGAAAAUUACGGGAAUCGAUGGGAUAUAUGUUGCUGCACCUCUGUCGUUUCUUGGAGGCGGUUAUUUAAUGAUUUAUCCUACUCUUUCAAGAAUAAUGCAAGCUUUAGUGCAAUUCCUUUCUUAUGGCUGAGAAACAGCAGGAACUGGGCGCUAGUCAAACGAGCGAGACAAAAAUAUUUCAAUCACCAUUUCCUUCCAAUAAGGUUGUACCUUUCGUAACAUGGAAGAUUCGGCUACGCGUGCAGGUGCUCCUGAUUUCGAUGUCUAUGAGGCGAUGGACUGGAAAGAUGGAGUGGGGACUCUUCCGGGGAGUGAACUGAAAUUUCGAGUGAACGAAUUCGGGGUUCUGGAGGUCAUCACUGAUGAUGCGGAGGCAGAGAGCGUGAAAAAGGCUCACGCCAGGACGACGUGGGCCGUCCCGACUGCUCAGGAAGUGUUUUCGGAGGGCCGGGACCGGGCGGACGCCGGCGAGGAGAGGAAGGAGAAGCAAUGGCAGAGGAGAGGACUGGUGUGCGUGCACUGCCAGAGGAAGGGGUCCCUCGUGGACUUCCUGCCCGACGGACGCCACUGCAGCGAGAGGUGCCUGCGGCAGGCCCAGCAGGAAGAGCAGAGGACCAAGAGAGACGCUCCCAAAAGCAACGGGGAGGUGCUGGGUUCGAGCCGUAAGAGACCCCUCCAGAGACAGGAGAGCGCCGCAGAGGAGACGGACAACCCGCCGGAGGCGCCGGACGACGACGAAGACUACGAAGAGAAGGCAGACAGGAAGACGACGCGGGGGCCGCAGCGAGGUCGGAGGAAGCGGAGAGGAGACGCGGCGCUGCUGAAGCACACUGUUCCAUAUGGAGGAAAGAAGAAGUCGUGGUGCUGGGCCUCUUACCUGGAGCAAGAGAAAGCCAUCGCUGCUCCCACCAAGCUGUUUAAAGAGCACCAGUCCUUCCCGCAGAAUAAGAACGGGUUUCGGGUUGGAAUGAAGCUUGAAGGAGUGGACCCAGAGCAUCCCUCUAUGUAUUGUGUUUUGACAGUUGCCGAGGUUUCAGGCCACAGAAUCAGGCUGCACUUUGACAAGUACAGCGACUGCUACGACUUCUGGGUAAAUUCCAAUUCUCCGGACAUCCACCCGGUGGGCUGGUGCGAGAAAACGGGACACAAGCUUCACGCUCCGAAAGGUAUAAAGGAGGAGGAAUUUAAUUGGCCGUCCUACAUUAAGCUGUGCAAGGCCCAGGCUGCCCCCAAAGCCUUGUUUGAGAGCCAGAACACGACUGUCACCCCUUCAGGAUUCCGAAUCGGAAUGAAGCUGGAAGCCAUUGACAAGAAAAACCCCACUUUUAUCUGCGUUGCCACAGUAACAGACAUGGUGGAUAGCCGAUUCCUGGUGCACUUUGAUAACUGGGAUGAGAGCUAUGACUACUGGUGUGACGCCACAGGUCCCUACAUUCAUCCGGUUGGCUGGUGUCAGGAGAAUGGCAAGACCCUCACGACCCCCCCAGGUUACCCGGAUUCAAAGAAUUUUUCCUGGGAAAGAUACCUGGAGGAAACCAGCUCUUUGCCAGCCCCCGCGAGGGCCUUCAAAUCGAAACCCCCCCACAGCUUCCAGAGGCACAUGAAGCUGGAGGCGGUGGACAGGAGGAACCCCAUGCUGGUCCGGGUCGUCACCGCGGUGGACACCGAGGACCACAGAAUCAAGAUCCACUUUGACGGCUGGACCGACGAGUACGACUACUGGGUGGACACGGACAGCCCGGACAUCCACCCCGCCGGCUGGUGCGCCAAGACGGGACACCCCCUCCAGCCCCCCAUCAGUCCCCAGGAUAUGUUUGAGUCCUCAGAGCAAGGGGGCUGCCCCACGCCAGGCUGUAAAGGUGUAGGACACAUCAAAGGGGCCCGCUACUCCGGUCACCACAGUGCUGUAGGAUGCCCGUACUCCGACAUCAACAUCAACAAGGACUCGGUUCUGCCGGACCGGCUCAGCGGGGAGAUGCCGGGAUCAGGUCCAUCCAGAACCAGGAGAGGGGAACCAAACCCUGAAAUGGCCGCUUUCUCAGUCCAAAAACCUUUAACCUCAAACCACAAUCACGUGGACAAGCCAUCUGGGGCGGACAAAUCCAUCACGGGAGAGGGUAGCGGUGAGCCUCUCCUCAAGAAACCUCCCGUCACUGAGACCAAAAGGAGGGUCGGCCGGCCGUGCAAGCAGCGGAAGGUGGAGGUGCUGGAGGAGGAGGAGAUCGAGAGCGAAGUGUCCUCCAUAAUGGAGAGUAAAGAGCUGUCCUUGCAGCAGGCUCUGCACCAGUCGGUGUUCAUGCCCUGCACCUCGCCCUCCCCGAGCGCGCCCUUCUGCUGGGACCAGCACAGCAAGCUGCUGCCCUCCGUGGCCGGCAUCACCGCCAGCAAAGUGGCCGGGUGGAGCGUGGAGGAGGUGACCGCGUUCAUCCAGGGUCUCCCGGGCUGCAAGGAUCAGGUGCGGAUGUUCAGAGAAGAGCAAAUUGACGGCGAAGCCUUUCUGCUGCUGACCCAGGUCGACCUGGUUAAAAUCAUGAGCAUCAAACUGGGACCCGCCCUAAAGAUUUACAAUUCCAUCCUGAUGUUUAAGACUGCGGAGGACUCCUAUAAUGAGCUCUAACCAAACGCCAGGCACGGAUCUGUAUCCAGGAGGUUCCUGAUUAAGGCUGAAGCACAAAGAACUCCAAUCUCAUGCAACUUGGAAUGCAUAUUAAUUCAAAUGAAUUGCACAAAUGCUUUUUAAAAUUGGAUCCUCAGGUCCAAAAGACUCAUAUUAACAUGCUUGAGGAUCUUCCAUUGAAGAACUAUCAUUUUUCAUCUUUUUGUUGUACAUUCUGUGUAAUAGAAAUUCGAUCAAUCGGGGGCAAAGUGUGUCUUGUCUACCGAAGGUGGUUGUAAAUAUUCUAAGGGAUAGUAGAGUACGUUCCUCAUCAUUGUAAUUUUAAAUAUUAAAAUCCCACCCUUUUUUUUUUGUUCCCUGUGAAAUGUAAUGCUGGUUUCUGUUUAUUAACCCCCCAUUGUAAUAAUUGGGUGACAGAAAUCCAGACACAUGACUGGAUGUGCUUAAGUUAAAAGUGUAAAACCGGACCGUCAUACCCACAUAAUGGCUUUUUUCAAACCCUAUUCUGGGAAUCCGGAGCGUGCUAGAAAAACAAAUUAUAGCCGGGAAUCGAGGUGCAGUAAUUCCCCGGCUGGGUAGCGGAGGCAGAGGAAUAAAUUCAUGGAAGAGCGGUAAUGUGUUUUGAUCGUUGUAACCUCUCUUGGUGCAGUGCCUGCUGAGGGAACCUUUUUAGUUCCGGGAAGACGGGGGAGGAUUUUCGCUUAAGAGCCGCGUGGGUCAGUCUGAAUUUCGCAGCAAUAGCACUACUACUUCUCGGAAUUUGGGUCAAGAAUAAAGGAAUUCAGGCAAUAAAUGCUUUAUGAAGCUUUCACGGUACCGUCCCCAUGAGCAAGUAAAGGCCUUUCAGAGGGUGGAUUUUCAUUGUGACACUACAUUCUCAUCACUGAUAUUUUUCCUGUGUACAGAACUUUUUUUGUUUUGUGUUAUAAUAGUCCUCUCGAAGGUGAACACAGGUACAGUCAUAUUCCCUUUUCCCUCUUCCUGAAAUAUGAGUAACAGAUGCUUAAAGAGGAAAAACGCAAAUGAACUGUUCUGUCAUUAUUUAUUUAUUUAAUGAUGCUGUAUCUCAUGAAAAUGAGAGAGAAAGCUAUGCAUAUGCGUUUGAUAUAAAAAUUGGAGGGACCUGGUAGUGUUGCUACAUAUGGGAGCAUUGAAGCCUUUGUUCCACCGCUGUACUGAUAUGCUAAUAAAAAUGCUGAUAAUUGGA